AUGAUCUGGGCCAUCAAGGGUCCCAGUUCUAUGAAUAGCAAAAUCAUUUCCAAAUUUGUAAAUUCCCACCCCGCUACUUCCGCGAGAGACCAGUUCAGACUGACAAAGAGCGCCAAAAGCUCAUUGACCGGGCUUUCUGGAGAGUCCAAAGUCGAUCAACUUCGUUCGUCUCCGCCAGUUCCUUUGGCUCGCUUGAAGCGAGGUCGUCCAAAAGGUUCCGUCAACAAACGCAAGCUUGAAGUCGUGGUCCCAAGUCGGCCAAAGCCCCGGCCCAUUCCUAAACCUGUCAUUGCCAAAACUCCUCGCGAAGUCAGCGAAAAGGUCUCUGCAACCCCGAUUCCAACAGUGGAAGGUCUUCCAACGACUAGAAGUGCCGUGUCCGGUCCUUCGAAAGUCAGUGUGGUUCCGGCUAAGACACCUGCUGCCGACAAAGGUAAAGGUCGUGCUGUCUCUGCAAGCCCUCCUCCUGUCAAAAAGCCUGUACGAGGUCACCGGACUGACAUGGAAUCGCAAGCCGUCAAACACCCUUUAGCAAGAGCUGCUGUUGAAAUCCCCUAUCGAUUCGACGUCGAACUUGGCGAGGCUUAUUCAGUUCGUGAGGUCUUGGAAAGUGGGCGCACCAUGUCUGCAGAGCACCACAUGCCUUGUCUGACUUGCGUCCUCUCAAACACGGAAUGCAACUAUCUAGGUAAAUCCGAGAAGUGCGAGCAGUGCAAGACCCAUCGCCACCUCUGCAACUGGAUUUUGCCUCAAGAGCAAGCCUUCGCGCAGAUGGACCGUGUCCGCGAAUGGGGUGGACCCACUCCUGCACGUAAGUAA